AGGGAUGCCCCCGUGAUGUCCCCAUUGGAGGGACACCCCCAGCCAUGGAGGCCACGUCCGUGCUCAGCCCCUCACCGUGGCAGCGGCGCCGCGCCUGGGUCCGGCAGAGCCGGAGCUGGAGGAAUUCGAUGCUGGCGCUCGAGGACGCGGCCUCUGCCCCAUGGGACGACCCCGACCCACAGCCGCCCCACGGCCCCCUUGCAGGUCAAUGGGGAUGCCCCGGGAAUGGGGGGCCCCGAGGCGUGCGCCCCAUGGGUGCCUUCCCAAGGGCAGGAAGCGCAGGCGGGAAGAUCGAGCUGUGGCUGCGGGAGUGCGGGUCAUCCCUUGAGGUCCCACCAGAGGAGCCGGGCUUGCCGGGUCCCCAGGGGUAUGGAAGCACUGGGACCAGCUUCGAGGAUGACCUGACCCUGGGAGCUGAAGCUCUCCUGCUUCCAGGGAGCAGCAAGGCCAUGAGCAGGGCCAAACGCCUCAGCCUGGGCCACAGCACAGCUUCCAGCCUCACCACCAAGACCAGCUCCAGCAUCUCCGAGGUGCUGGAGCGCUGGGAGGCGGAUGCUGAGGAGAUCCUCUCCGAGCUGGGCUUCGUGCCGAGCGAGCCGGGUACCGCAUCCCGGGUCCCCGUGCGGUUCUUCACGGCUCCAUCCCGCGCCAAGGGCAUCGACUUCCAGCUCUUCCUCAAGGCCCAAGUGCGGCGCAUGGAGAUGGAGGAUCCCUGCUUGACGCUGGCCAGUCGCUUCCAGCAGGUCCAGGCUCUGGCCACCACGGCCGAUGCCUUCUUCUGCCUCUACUCCUACGUGUCCCGGAGCCCCGUGCGGCGCCUGUCCCCCUCCUGCUGCUCCAGGGCUCAUCCCGACAUUCCCAACAUCCACAUCCCAACAUCCCAACCCGGAGCCCUCUCGCCCGUGCAGCGCUUGAAGAGAGCCGUGGCCACCAUGUGCCUCUACGCACCCCCAAGGGAUGAAGGCAACCCCCCGGGGCCCCCCAUCCAGCCCGGUGCUAUGGGGCCGGGGCUGGAGCCAUCCCGGUGGGAUGCAGGUGAUGCCCUGGAAGGAUGGAGAAGGGAUGCGGAUGGG